AUGGAGGCCCCGGCCGACAAUUGUGCUGAACAAACCAACUCCAACACUCCGUCGGCCGAUGUCGACAAGAAGAUGGCGGCGUCCAAGUCGGCCCAGGCACAGAAGCCCGCCACCGUCCAGCUGAACACUCCUCCCCUCAUCGAUCAAAAUCUGGAACCCGGCCAGGACGAAUUCACACCCACCCAAGAGGCGGUCGAAUGGCCGCCAGGAUGCGAUCCCUUGAUGUCACCUCCUCUGUCGUCGGCCUCCCCCGCCCCGACUCGAUCGCGCUCCCAUUCUCAAUCGUCAGCGGCAUCGUCAUCCACUCUGAAAUUCCGGUCCAGCUCCCCGUCGACAUCCCAAUCCCCGCCUGAUCGUAUGGUCGCCGUCGGGACGGAUGUCGCCGCAUCGGACCUGGCGCUCCCGCCGGCGGCCGUCACCCAUUUGUCAUGGACCGAACUCGACUUGGUUCUGGAGAAAAUCGCCAGCGGCGUGGAAGUCACUCCGGAGAUGCUGGUCCAUGAGAGGAGCCCUUUCAUCGAGCUGCCGGACACCCGAAUGCCCCAGGAGCGUCGAUUGGUGUCGCCUUCGGAUCUCAUUCAACGAAUGAACUAUUUCCUCUCCUACCACAUUCCUGGUGUCGAGCCUGAAUAUGGCUUCGGCUCGGCCAAGGUGGGCUUGUGGAACACGCGAGAUCCUUGGGGCCCCGUCAAGCGCUUCUCCUACGCUGGACUUCUCGACCAAUAUCCCAGCGGGACGCAAGAGGUUCUUCUGGCCAUUCGAAACUUCUUCUACGAUGGCAAAGCAUCGUUUUUGGAGCAGAACCCGACGAGGUUGGAGCAGAUCCUCGCAUCUUCCUCUUUCCGGCGAGAAGAAGUCAGGCCAUCAAAGAAACCGAAGACUCGACGUCCAGGAGCGGCAGCCCCACGAGCUUCGCCGAAACCCAUCCGUCCCGAGGUCUCGAGCCGAGCCCGGACCCGCCGAGCAGCAUCGUCAAAUGAAAUCACCAAGCAACGAGUGACGGGACCAGAGACGGUGUCAGUGAACAUUUCCCCACCCGCUCGACCCAGCAGAGCAAAGACAACCAUGGAGCAUGAGUGGCCGAAGCGCAAGAGAGAGGAACCGGACGACGAAGAAAAGAAACCCGACGGGUCCCGGGUCAAGCGAAAGAAGUGGAAUGAUAAAAAGGCAAAGGAUAAUUUGAGUCCUGACCUUUUUGGCCAUCAUAUCAAGGCGGCGCUCACUGCUCGCUACCCCGGCAGUGAAAAGGACAAGGAGGCCAAAAGCAACUAUCAAGCCUAUGCGGAAGCCAUCUUGCCCGACAAUGGACCGGAUGUGGAUCUCCGGGUGCCGGAGCUGAAUACGCAUCAGCAUAACGAACUCUCUCGUCAAGAUCUCGGUGACCCCAGCGGUCUUCAUCCACGUGAAAUCUGGCUCAGCCGAAAAUUGGACAUCACGUUCGACACUUACCGCUGCCAAAAAAAUCGGCUCUUCAUCGGCCUGGCGUUGUUUGUCCAAGCCAAUCAUGUUCGCUUGGAGGAAGAGGGGACAGACAAAGUGUGGAAUUUCGGACGAUCACAAGCCCAGUGGGUCACCAACGUGGAUGCGAACAAAGCCAGUGAUCUCUGCGGAUCGUUCAUUCAAUGGGGUUGGAUCAUUCCAGAGCUUGCUCCACGAGGCGCGGAUAAACAACGACAUGUCCUGGACGAUUACCUCAAACGAUUUCCCGAAAGCCAUCGCCUCAAGCUGAUGGAAGAUUUUGCGCAAUGGGAGGAAAAGAAUUGCAGUGCUGACAAACAAACGGCCAAGUUUCCUCACGGAUAUGUGAGAUCGUCUUGA